CUCCUCCCCGCCCCGCGUAAUCAGCCCCAACGUCGGCCUCGGCCAUUCGUCCGCCGUAUUUAAGGCCCGCGCAGAUUCGCCGCCCCUUUCGCCGGUAGGGGCGGCCGACUUGUUUUGAUGCAGCUUCGGGAAUGUGAAAAAAGCGGGUCGGAGGGGUGUGUGCGCCUGUGUUCGUGUUUUUCCGGCAUUUAAUUCCGCCCGUCCGCGGCGUUCGGCGGGGAAGAUGUCAGCCGCUGACGGCGCCGAGCAGCUGAACAGGUUCGAGAAGCUGUCAGGGCGGCCUCCUUUCCGGGCGGCAGGCUUUAAGAAGAGAGUCCGCUGGCUGCAGACUCGCCGCAUCUUCAUCUACUCUUGUCCCAGCCUGCGGAUCCCUAACAGGUUUUUGAGAGAAGGACACCGCACGCCCCCUGCUCGGAGCGGACACCGCUGUGUGGCAGAUAACUCAAGCCUCUACGUGUUUGGUGGGUACAACCCGGAUUACGAUGAGUCGGGUGGCUCGGAGAACGAGGACUACCCGCUGUUCCGGGAGCUCUGGCGGUAUCACUUUGCCAGCGGUUCCUGGCAGCAGAUCCGCACGGAGGGCCACAUGCCCACAGAGCUGGCAUCUAUGUCAGCUGUUCUGCACGGAAACAACUUGCUGGUGUUUGGCGGCACUGGGAUCCCCUUUGGGGAGAACAACGGCAACGAUGUGCAUGUCUGCAACGUGAAGUACAAGCGGUGGUCACUGCUGAACUGCCGCGGGAAAAAGCCCAACCGGAUUUACGGACAGGCGAUGGUCAUCAUCAACGGCUACCUGUACGUCUUUGGAGGGACCACAGGUUACGUCUACAGCACAGACCUGCACCGACUGGACCUCACCACCCGCGAGUGGAUCCACCUGAAGCCCACCAACCCUCCCGAUGACCUUCCAGAGGAGAGGUACAGGCAUGAAAUCGCACACGAUGGCCAACGGAUUUACAUCCUGGGCGGGGGCACCUCCUGGACCUCCUACCCUUUAGACAAGAUACACGCAUACAACCUGGAGACAAACUCGUGGGAGGAGAUCACCACCAGGCCACAUGAAAAAAUAGGGUACCCAGCUGCGAGACGGUGCCACAGCUGUGUGCAGAUUAAGAGCGAUGUAUUUGUGUGUGGUGGUUACAACGGGGAAGUGAUCCUGGCCGACCUGUGGAAGAUCAGCCUGCAAACGUUCCAGUGGACGCGGCUGCCCGCGGUGAUGCCCGAGCCAGCCUACUUCCACUGCGCUGCUGUGACCCCGGCGGGCUGCAUGUACAUCCAUGGCGGCGUGGUGAACAUUCACGAGAACAAGCGCACUGGCUCCCUUUUCAGGAUCUGGCUGGUGGUGCCCAGCCUGCUGGAGCUCUGCUGGGAACAGCUACUGCGGAGCUUCCCUCAGCUGUCCCUGCUGCCGCCCAUGCAGCUGCUGAACCUGGGCCUCACGCAGGAACUCAUCGAGCGCUUGAAAUAGUGAACGGGGAGACCCAGGAGGCCCGGGGUGGCCCACUUUCGGCACCGAGGAGCACGGAUGAGGCGGUCUGGUGGAUGCGGAUCGCUGGACUUGAGCGGGGGGGCUCUUUGAGGGCUCCUCCAACAUAGCCCCCGCCUUAAAACCAAAUCAUCAGAUGCCUUUGUGUGUUUUGGGGUUUUUUUUGCGGCAUUUUAAAUUUUAUUUUAUUUUUAUUAUAUAUAUAUA